AUGGGGUUCUCGGCUGUGGAUAAGCUUAUCCGUCCAUUUCUACAGCUCCAUGAGUGGGAUAACGGAGCGGAGCGAAUUGUCCACACCACAACGAUUCAAAUUCUCCUCUGCUUCGGUUUCUUGGUCACUUCCAACAUGAUGUUUGGACAACCCAUCACAUGCCUUGUUCUCCCAGAAACACCGGAUUCUUCUACGAAUUACUUUCAUGAUUUCUGCUUCUAUCAAGAUAAACUUCGAAUUUCUCCUAUGCAACCAUCACUGAAGCGAGAGCAGGAUAUGGGUACUAUGCACUUGAACUUUAUCACUAGAGAAGAAGUCGCUGUAACAUAUUAUCAGUGGACACCGUUCAUUAUCUUCCUGCAAGUUGCAAUGUGUCUCGCCCCGGCUUUGAUGUGGAAAUUUUUUGGACUUCACUACUUCUAUGGGAAUGAUUUCGCUGCAAUCAUACGGUCGUUAGCUUCGAAGAAAAAAGACGAUAAGAUGGACUCGAAUGACUCGGAUUACAAAGUAGAUGCUCGAGACACUUUACGUUGGCUGAAACUCAAGAAACGAGAACAAUGGGGAAUGCAUACAACAAUGCUUGUAUAUGUUACUAUGAAAUGGAUGACCUUCGCAUCGUUGCUUCUUCAAUUCUAUAUGAUGGCCAAUAUUUAUGCAUCCGGCGAGCUGCUGUGGGGAGUUCAUAUUUCCUAUGAGCUACUGAAUGGUGUUUAUAAAAAUCUCUAUACCGGCGUAUUCCCGCAAAUUGUGGGCUGCAAGACCCAUCGAACUCAAACGGGAGGAGUCGUAAAUGAGUUUACCAUGAGAUGCAUUCUUCCACAAAAUUUUGUUAAUUCCAAAGUUUUCCUCUUCCUCUACUGGUGGUACGUACUGGCUAUGUUUGUCAGUAUUUUCUCAGCAGUUCAAUUCACUCUCAUGCUCAUUCUACCAAAAUACCAACGCUACGCUACAAAAUCUCUUCUUCCUACACUUGAGUUUUUCGUCGAGGAUGCGGAAAGGAAUAAUCGCACAAUCGUUCAUGGACACAGCGAUCCUCUUGACCACUUUGUAGAUUACAUGGGAAACGACGGAUACCUUCUUCUUCAGUGUGCCAGCGUCCCCUUGAGUGUUGUGAAAAUCCGUUUUUUCUUGAACUCACUUUACGAAGUAGUGUUGCCCCAGAGAGGAACUGAUCGACAAGAUCCAAUUUUUGCAAAAAAGAAAAACCGAUUGCUAACUGAAGACGAUGAUGAUCAAAGUGAUUACUUUCAAAAAAAGGAACACUCAGCGAAAGAUAAACAAAUGCUAAUGACCGAUGCUAACUCGUUCUCGGAGCCUUUGCUAUCCCAUUCAUCAGUUUUUCAGACUCGUGUGAUCAGUGGCUAA